GGGGGACCUGGGUACACUGAGCGGAGUGAAACAGUGAGGAACUGGGUAACACGGAGCGGAGUGAAGACCUGGGAACACGGAGUGGAGUGGAGCAGUGGGAGACCUGGGACACGGAGUGGAGCAGUGGGAGACCUGGGUCACACGGAGCGGAAUAAAGACCUGAGUGGAACACGGAGCGGAGUGCAGCAUUGGGGGAUCUGUCCUCACUUGGGCGGAGUGGAAUCGGUGGAGUGGAGCAGUGGGGACCUGUGAACACGGAGCGGAGUAAAGAACUGUGAGGAACACGGAGCGGAGUGCAGCAUUGGGGGAUCUGUCCUCACUUGGGCGGAGUGGAAUCGGUGGAGUGGAGCAGUGAGGACCUGGGAACACGGAGCGGAGUGUAGCAGUGGGGGGGGGGGUCGUCACUCGGGGCUGCACGGAGGGGACUCAGUCAGAGCCAGAGGAGGUAGCGAGGCGGACAGGCGGUCACCGGUCGCGGGCAGCUCCUCACUCCGACGGGACGCGCUCUGCCCUCCUGCCUGCUCCGUCUAACAGCCCGAUGACCUACUGCCCAAACUACCCAGCUACCUUGCCCCCCUGUUUACUCACCCGACCGUCCUGUCCCCCCUCUGCCCAUCUACUUACCUGCCCUCGUGGCUUGACCACUCACCGGCCCGACUCUCCUCUGCACGUCUCGCCCGCCUGACUGCACCGCCGCCUGGCUACUUACUACACACCUCACUGCCAUUGCCUGCCUGCAAGUCUCCCUCCUCCUCCUGCCUUGCCUGGUAGAGAGAGAGAGAGAUAGAGAGACGUGACACGCUCCGGACCCAAGCAUGGCAGCUCUGUGACCUGGGCAGCCACAGCCGCUGUCAUCAGCGGGUGCCGAGGUGGAAGGGCAUCACACGUGUGUGGCAGCGGUGAGGAAGUAUGGCCGAUGUGGUGGAUGUAGAGAGUCACCCAUCGACGAGCAGCAAGGCGGUCAGCUGCGUGGCCGAGCGCGCCUUCAGCCUCGCCUACCUGGGCAGCACUGCCCUGGACCAGAGGGCCACGCUCUCCAUGCUGCCCUGGAUCGUGGCCGAGCUGCUGAGACGCUCGGAGAAGGAGCAGAUCGAGCGAGAGGUAAUGCUGUACGUGUGCCCGCCGCUGGUGCGGUGCGUGCCGGCCGGCAGCCAGAGCAACAGCUCCAUCUUCAUCUUCGAGCAGCGUGCGGCGCACAUCUCCCGCUUCGUGCACUGCAGCCGGCAGCCGGGCAGCUUCGCGUACCUGGUGCGCACGCAGCCCGACAACCCCGACUCGCACACCUCCUGCCACGUGUUCCGCGCGCCCGCCGGCCAGCCCGUCCAAGAAGUGAUCAGCUGCAUCCGUCAAGUGGGAAAGGCGGCCAUCAAAGAAGAGGGCCGUGGCAAGCCUGGGCAGCCAGCAGGGGUAGCGGCAGCGGCAGCGCCGGGGGGCAGCUCCGAGGCUCCACCGGCGGCGCCGGCGACGGCGGUGGUGCCAUCAUCCGGCGUGGGCGGUGUGGGGGGAGCCCAGGACGCCUUCUGCAACGCGCACAAGUUCGAGGUGCUGUACCGCGGCAGGGUGAGCGUCGCACACAAGAAGGCCCCGCCCACACUCGUGGACGACUGCAUCGCCAAGUUCAGCCUCCUUGAGUCGACGCGCUCACGCCUGCGCUGCCUCGAUGGCGGCAGCGGUGACGGCGAGAGCAAUGGCAGCCCGGCGCCGGCUUCGGACGGCCCCAGUUUCAUUGCCGGCGGCGGCGAUUCGCGGCGCUCGUCGCAGGGCGCCGACUGCGCCGACGGCCCCGGGUCGCAGGAUCUCAUCGGUGACAUCGGAGAGCCGGCGCCGCUCGUGCCGCCGGCCACUCCAACGGUCUCCGCCGCCGCCGCCGCCACUGCGCCGUCAUCAGCGUUGCUGUCCGAGUCUCGCUUGUCCCUCAGCUCGUCCUCCUCCUCCCCGCCCGCUGCCUCCGCCGCCGCCGCCGGCGCCGACGGGCGGUGCGCCAAGACGUCCGAGGAGGAGGAGGAGGACGACGACCUCGUCCCGGAUGAAGGCAUCGUCAUCUCGGCCAGGCGGUCGGCAUGCAACGACAACGCCGGUGGUAAUGGAGGCAAGGCGGCAAGCGGCUUGUCAGCCUUGGCCACCUGCGACUCACUGGCGUUCGACUCGGACCCCCUCGGCGUCGGAGUGUUCGCCGCCGUGGCGCCGACGAGCGGGCGGAGCGGGAGCUUCUCCUACGUCGGUGGUAACGGCGGCGGUAACACCAACGACGGCGGUGGCAGCAGCGUCGAUCUGGAAGGCGUGCCAGAUUUCCGAGGGCGGUGCUACAGCGCGGCGGGCAGCCUGCAGAGGAAGCCGGCACAGGCGAGCGGCGGCGCCGGUGCCGGCGCUUCGGCAUGCCGCACCGGCAGGCAGAGGAGGCGGCACGCGAGCGCGCCGAGCCUGGUGCAACCGUCAGACGCAGACAAGAACCGCACCAUGCUUUUCCAGGUCGGGCGCUUUGAGAUCAACCUCAUCAGCCCGGACACCAAAACCGUGGCCAUUGAGAAGAACUUCAAGGACAUCUCAUCCUGCUCCCAGGGCAUCAAACAUGUCGAUCACUUUGGCUUCAUCUGUCGCGAGAGUGCUGAGCCUGGUGUCACGCACUACGUGUGCUACGUCUUCCAGUGCGCCAGCGAGGCCCUGGUGGACGAGAUCAUGCUAACGCUGAAGCAGGCCUUCCACACGGCGGCGAGCCUGCAGAACGCCAAGACGCCCGUGCAGCUCUGCGAGGCCUGCCCCAUGCACUACCUGCACAAGCUGUGCGAGAGGAUCGAGGGGCUGUACCCGCCCAAGGCGAAGCUCGUCAUCCAGAAGCACGUGGCGCUGCUGUCGGACAACGAGCAGGCCGACAUCUUUGAGCGAGUGCAGCGCCAGCGUCCCACGGGCGACCAGGACGAGAACGAGGUGGUGAUGUGCGUCCUGCGCCAGGUGUGCGAGGGCAAGCAGAAGACGCACACGCACCUGGGCGACAUGCCCCAGCAGGGUCAGCCGACGCACGGGACGGGAGAUCUGCGCUCCUCUCCCAGCCAGUCCAAGCUGGACAUCCUCAAGAACAAGGCCAAGAAGUCAUUCACCAACUCCCUGGAGAACAUCUUCUCGAGGGGAGGGGGGAGAAUGCGCAGCCGCCUGGGCAGUGUUGACAACUACGACUCGCUGCGCGAGCGCAGCCUGAACGCGUGUGAGUCGACGAGGGACGGAUCGCCUGGCGCGUCGCCUCCCCCCUCGCCGACGCUCAGCCCCCAUUCGCCUCCCACGCCGGAAUCUCCGCUGCAGAUGCGGCGCCGCGCUCACACCUUCAGCCACUCGCUGCCGCAGGGCAGCGGGACGCAGCGGCGCAUCACCUUCGCCGACGAGCGGGCCGAGUCGACGGGCCAGGCCGGGGCGACGACAACGCCGCCACCGCCGCCUUCCUCCUCCGUGUCCGCCUCCGCCUCGUCCUCCUCCUUCUCUGCCGCCGCCUCCUUUUCCGCCUCCUCGUCGCUGUCUUCCUCCACGGCCGCCGCGGCCGCCGCGGCCGCCGCCGUGGGAAAGAGCAAGCUGCAGCGCUUCUACUCGUUCCACAGCGAGACGCACCAUCGCAAAGGUCCCGGGGAAGGGGAGGGAGAGGGGAGUCUCUCGGGCUCCCCGGCCUCCCCAGGCCCUGCUACUCUUCACCCUUCCCCUUCUGCUCCCGGCCUGCUAAAAUACCUUCUCAACAGCCAGCACCAGCAGCAGCAGUACCAGCAGCAGCAGCCUGCCUCGGCUACGAGAAGCAAUGUGGCGGCUCACCCUGCCGACCCGCGCCACCGCCUCACAGCCUCGGCCUCCUCGCCGAGCCUCCUGCGGAUGCUAAACCCUGUGGCCGAGCAUGGGGGGUCUGGUGACCUCGACUGGGGUGGCUCCGGUUCCGCCGCCUCCCUGCGGGGAGUCUGGUCUGAAUUGGGGGGCCACAACCCCCCCGGGCGGCCGAGCUGCCCCCCCGUGCAGCAGCGCCGCAUCUCGUGGCGCCAGCACAUCUUCCUGCGCGUCGUCGCGCCGGGGAAGAGCUGCGCAGCCUCCCGCGCCGCCGCAGCCGCCAGAGACGGCAGCGAGCUCCUCCCUCUCUCGCCGCUGACUCCGCCCCUCGAGGAGAGCCCAAUCGGCUCGCUGCUCGACUCCGACUUUCAGCCAAUGGGAGACGAGUCGCCCGUGAUGCGGCCAACCGCGCCGCGGGAGCCGCCGUCGGACGAGCCAAUGGUGAUCGAGACGGGUGCCGGUGAUGGGGAACGCCACGCGCGCUCUCGGGAGGAGCUGCGCCACCUUUGGAGGAAGGCGAUUGACCAGCAGCUGCUGCUCAUCCGCGUGGAGCGGCAGAAUCGCUUCCGCGAAGCUCGCAGGCAGCUGGAGCAGGAGAAGGCGCAGGCGCGUCUGGACUACGCGGAGGUGACGCCGUGCCUGCGCGACGUCACCGUCGUGUGGGAGCGCCUGCUGGGCGCGCCCAAUCGCGCGCGCGUGCGCUGCGACAUGGAGAAGGUGCACGCCGCCAUCAGCCAGGGCGUGCCACGGCAGCGCCGGGGAGAGAUCUGGCAGUUCCUGGCGGAGCAGUACCGUCUGCGGCACCGCCUGCCGCCGAAGCAGGCGCCCCCGGACACGCCGUACCCCGAGCUGCUGAAGAGGCUCACCUCGCAGCAGCAUGCCAUCCUCAUCGACCUGGGCCGAACGUUCCCCACCCACCCGUACUUCUCAGCGCAGCUGGGCUCUGGCCAGCUGGCGCUCUACAACCUGCUCAAGGCCUACUCGCUGCUCGACUCCGAGGUGGGCUACUGCCAGGGCCUGAGCUUCGUGGCCGGCGUGCUGCUGCUGCACCUGCCGGAGUGCGACGCCUUCCACGCGCUCAUCUACCUGCUCUACCACCUGGGGCUGCGGCGCCAGUACUGCCCCGACAUGCUGUCCCUGCAGAUCCAGAUGUACCAGCUGUCUCGUCUGCUGCACGACUACCACCCCGAUCUGUACGCGCACCUGGAGGAGUCGGAGAUCGGGCCCAGCCUCUACGCGGCGCCCUGGUUCCUCACGCUCUUCGCAUCCCAGUUCCCGCUCGGAUUCGUGGCGCGCGUCUUCGACAUGCUGUUCCUGCAGGGCACGGAGGUGAUCUUCAAGGUGGCGCUGUCCCUGCUGGGCUCUCAUCAGGCACUCAUCAUGCAGUGCGACAGCUUCGAGAGCAUCAUGGACUUCCUCAAGACCACGCUGCCCAACCUGGGCCUUGUGCAAAUGGAGAAGACAAUCAACCAGGUGUGCGAGAUGGACCUGUCGCGCCAGCUUCACGCCUACGAAGUCGAAUACCACGUGCUGCAGGACGAGAUGGCGCUGCAGGAGCCAGGCGGGCCGCCCUCCUCCACCGGCACCGGCGCCGCCGCCUCCGCCGACGCGGAGAGGCUGGAGAAAACCUGCCUCUCCCUCAAGCGGCACAACCAGGAUCUGGUGGAAGAGCUGCAGAGCGCGCGGGAGCGCAUCCACUGCCUGGAGGGGGCCAUGGAGCGCCUGCGUGUGAGCGAGUCGCGGCUCAGGCAAUCGGUGAACAACCGCGAGUCCGAGCGACCCGCCCUCCAAGCUGCCGCCCUCUCCUCCUCCUCGCCCACCUCCUCGUCCACCGCCGCCUCGUCCUCCAACGCCUCCUCCUCCUCCUCCACCUCGUCGCGUCACGCCAAGCUGCCGGGCGGACGCCCCAACGCAACGGAUUUGGGCUCCUGAACCUUGACCCACACCCUUGCUUGACCCCUGUCUCGACCCCUGCUUGACCUCUGAAGAAUUUUAACCCCCCCCCCCCCCCAUAAACGGCGGCUGCACUAGGGGGGCUGGGUCAUCGCGGGGUUAGACACAGGGAUGGGGUUUGCGUUAACGAAUUGAUUGUUUUGUUUUGUUGGUUUUGUUUUGUUGGUUUCGGUCUGGGCGACGUUGCUGGGAGGUUCGGCGCCGGCCGUGGCGUUCGGAUCGCGUGCGUCGACGCAGCCGCUCGACUCACAAACGCAGCCAAUCGCCACCGCCUGCACACGCGCCCACGCCCCUAAAAAAACGAUUACGCCGGAUGACUACAAUGCACGACAAUAUAAUUUCAAACUUCAAAAAAUUGUCAUCGCCCGUACGGCAGCAGACUUUUUCUCACGGCAGAAGCAGGCGGUCGAGUGCUUGGCGGUAGUGUCCAGGCCCUGGGAGUCACGUGACCUCGGGAAAGACCUGGGCUGACGAAGUGAGAGACGCCAUCGAUGGAUCCCCCACCCCUCGGCUUCGCAGUCCUAAGUCCACGUCGCAAUUUCUAAGCAGGAGGAGGUGAAAGAAGUGGGUUGUCGGUGGAUGAGGUGGCGGCACAGCAGAAAGUAAAAGAGGUCGGGCGAUAGAGAGAGAGCGCGAUGGUUUUUAGAAACACUCCAGACGGAUCCUGUUGCGUUAUCACCGCUGCGUGCCGUUUUUUUUAAUCGCAAUUGCCGCUCGCCGUUGCGGCUCUCUCCUCCGGCGUUGGCUAGCCGUGCCGCCCGCCGCGAAAGCGUCCGGCACAGAGCGCCGGACGCUUUCGCUCGACGUCGGUGCGGAAACGUCGGACGUCGCCCGUACGGUUUGGCCCUGAACCCCCGUCGCGGGAGAGGGGUUUCUCUGGGGCGUCCCCCGGCUCGCGGCGACGCGAGCCCGGAGCAGUCCCUCCGGCACGGCGGAAGGGUUGAGAUCGCACUUCCUUCGAUUAUGGGAAUCGCUCGGAAAGGCCCUUCACAAAAAGCAGAAACUCAUCAAUUUAAAACCUAAACGGUCCCCGUGCCGUAAAUGCGCACAUCUGGGCCGUGACCAAAUUACAGAAUUUCUUGGACUGAAGCCGACUGAUCGUCAGUGUCGCCGUCCUCAGGACAUCCUCGGUAUUGUUGUUCACGGUAGCAAACUACCCGAUGGAAAUGCAGCGAGUUUUUUUUUUGUGCGUGACACGGCGGACUACGAGAGAAGAGCCGUUAAUUAUUUUCCCUUCUCCCCCCCCCACCCCCAUUCGCGUCAAAUCAUCGUUUUGUCCAAUGUGGAGGGGGGGGGGGCGGUGUCGAGCGUUAAGAGUCAAGGAAGCUCCGUCACCCGAUUGUGUUAACUCGCGGUUGUCAUCCGUGGGACGGAAAUAUCCACCACGGCGGCCGGCGAAACCGGCGACUUGAAGCAAUAAAAACCCCCGGGGGGGGGGGGGGGGCCACGAGGCCACGAGGCCACGUGGCCAGGCCUCGGUUGCGUUAUCCCCGCUUUUGUUUUUAACCCCGGGCCGCCUUCACCACCCCCCUAUAUACCCUCACCGUUAACCCGGAUAACCGGGAGUCGGCGGCAUGGUACGGCGUCGUCUAUCCGACUGCCACGUGUCCACCCUGAUCAGUUAACCGCCCCGUGCCCGGUGCGGUGUUGGUGCACGGUAGCGUCACUAGUUCCCUCAAAUCCAACCGUUUCGCAUAUCCGCCCAGCGAGUCAGAUAUGCGACGUUGCACGGAGAAUAAUUUUCGAUGAAUUCACCGCUAAUCGGGACGACACGGGAUAACCCUCCGAGUCGCGACUCGAGAGAAACCUGGAAGCGUUUGUGUAUCCGUUCUUCCCGUAAUCCGCGAAUGUGCACGUUUUCUCAACGGUUAAGCAGAGUCAAUUUGCGGAUAACAGCAUCGCGGAUAACAGGAUACACGAUAUUCGUGUGUCGUUCCCCCCCCCCCCAUGCCCACAACACGUGUAGUGGGUCUGGUUUAUGCUUUCUACCGCUCAUCUUCUCCAUUGUUAUUGCAGUCAUUGUCACUGUUUCGCGACAGCAAACGCAGGAAGGCCUCUGUGGAGGCCUUUCGGCGACGGCGAUGGAAGCAGCAGCAGCAGCAGCAGCAGCAGUCGCUUUGCGAAGCGCCGUACACUCUGCGCGACGUUGCAGAGAGUGGCCACAAAUUGGGUAAAGGUGCAGCCCUGCAGCGCCGCAGCCCUGCUCGCUCUCUCUCGCCACUGCUGGCCCAAAGGAGCGUCCACUGCUAUUUACGCCGUUCGGCCGACUAAGUUCGGCGCGCUGGCCAGACGCCUUGGAAGGGGGUGGCACUUAAUCCACACUUUACCCCAACGCACGCGACCUGCCAACGGACUUCACUGUCGCGCGAGCCAUUUGUACUGCCGGGUGGGCCAGAGGGUGACCAUGUUGGUUCCGCGGCCGUGAUAACGUCGCCCCCUCGUGCUCGUACGUUCGACUGGACCUGGUUUUACGUCGGCUCCUGAUGUAGGCCCGUCGACUGAAACGACGCCGCUGUGGCCUGAAUUGUACUGCCCCGCGUGGGUUAUCGAGGCGGUUACCGCCGCACGGCUCUCCGCCCGGCUUGGUGUUUCUGGCGCUUCUUCAAGGAGCUGGAAUGCGCGAAAGCUCGCCAGGCAUGCGGACCGAAACGUCGGACAUCCGUGGCGAACAGCGCGCUGCUCGACCCGAAACAACGCAGCGGGAGAACCCGUCGCGUGAAUCGCUUUGAAGGCUGUUUUUAUUUUUUGUGUAGAUUGUAAUGCACUGGCUACGUGUUAGCGUAGCGUAGCGGGGUCACCGUUGUCGUUACUGUCGCCUUCACUGUCGCCUUCACUGUCACGCUUUCACAGACGUUUGCACCAUGUGCUCUUAAAGGAGAAUUCGCCGCGCGCUUCUCAUCGGUCAUACGAAUGAACGAGUAAAAAGCGAACGGUGGUGCGUGGAUUUUUUUUAAAGUGUACCCCAAAAAAAACAAUUAAAAUACAGACCGUGAAUGUUGGGUGCGUGCACCCCACACCCCCCCCUUCCCCCUGCGCGCUCUCCUCUCUGGGCUCGAGGAAGCUUCUACACGUGCGCACGCAUGCGCCCACACGCACCAUUCGUACGCCUUGCCUGCCUGCCUCGCCUGCCUUCCCACACACAGCAGGCGCGUGCGAGUGUUCAUUGUUUUGGUUGUCGCCAAGAAGUGAUGGUCAGGGGUGGGGGGGGGUGAUGUUUGAACCCGUGCGAUGCUGAUGUUACCAUUCGGUGUUGAGGGGUUGCGUUGUGAGAGAUGUGCGAAAUCACGUGAUGGAAUUCGAGGUUACCGCGAUCAUCCCACUUCGUUUUUGGCCUUUUCCCACGAAUGUUAUGCCGGUCGCGCGCUCAGCGGGGUCACCUCAUAAGGUAGUACAAACUUUCGCAGUUGGAGAACGGUCCACUGAAGCGGAUAUCACCAAACUACUUCUGAGAUCCCUUCGAGAAGUGUCAUCGAGCCCACACAGUAGGGGGCAGCACUUUUCUCCUCGUCCCUGACACAUAUUCAGUCGCACUUAUAUUUCUUAAUUCUCAAUAGCUGGCAUUUGGCAGAACUAACUAAAUUUCCAUGUGAUGGAGGGGUUUUUUUGUGUUUUUUUUUGCGUGCAAUUCAUCGAUGGCCGGCGCUGACUCCAUCGGCUCCCUUCGCCCGACAAUCCGCUGCUGCCUUUUGGGAGUUCUCUGCGCCGUAACGAGACGAAGCAACUCGGCGCACGUGGCAGAAAAUAACAGAAGAAAAUAUCACGAGAGCAAUCGUGUUAAAUGGUGAGCGUGGCGCGCCCCGUGUGACGCAACUGUCCAGGGUGCUGCAGGGGUUGAGGCCGGAUCCGGGUCAAGGCUGGCUUUGGUCACGUGUGGUGUCUGCAGCUCAAUUUGUAAGUAAAGCACUCCGCUCCUACGAAGGAAAAGUCGAGUCCCCGUCGAUUGGAGCCACGUGAUGCACGUUGGAGGAGAGGAGAGACACUGGCGUUAGGGGAAUUAAAAAAAAUGAUUUGCUAAUCGAGGGUCGGGGACGUUUUGAACGUCGGGACAGGGCAGCCCGCGCUGUGAUGUUGAAGAUUUCGAAGAGGGUUCCUCUAACUUCCAGCUGUCCGCUGCCGCCGGCUCGCCAGUCUUCCCUGGCCAAAUACGAAUGAGAUCCAAAACAACCAAAGAAUAAAUCCAGAGCAAAAACAACCAAAUAUAAUUAACAACAAGAAGCAAGCAAGCGGACAUCGGGAGCAUAAAAAAUAACCUACAAAAUAGAAAUCGGGGCAAAAACAACGGAGUUGCGAUCAAAUAUCUAACAACAACAAAAACUGCACAAACAUGAUCAACAAUAAAAACCAAACUCCAUUUCCAGUGAAACUAAAUUUGGCUCAGACAAAUUACUUUUUAGGCGCCGAUAGACGUGGAGGUGGCUUUUUAAUAAGCGCGCUCCACGUUUUCUGGGGCACACACAAAGACAAAUACGCACACAAAGAUAAACGCGCACAAAGACAAACACGCACACACACAAAGACAAACAAGCACACACAAAGAAACGCGCACACACGGACAAAAACAGACAAACACACGCAUACACAAACACGCAUACACAAACACACGCAUACGCAAACACAAACGCCCACACACAAAGAGAAACGCGCACACACGGACAAACAGACAAACACACGCAUACACAAACGCCCACACACAAAGACAAACACGCACACGAGCUGUCUCUGAACACAAAUCGGCCGUCUGCGUCGCGUGGAGCGCGUUUCACAAUCAUCAGGCUUGUGCAGCUUGUAACCACUCAAUUCGUAUUUGGAUGGAGCUCAGUGAAAAUUGCUUAACUUGUAAAUACGUCCCCGCAGCAGGUCGCAAGCUCUAGAGUGUGUGGCGGGGGGGGGAACUUGCUCUGAAACGCACGAGCAGUUGAAUGUAAAACCCACACACGCUACCACGUGCCGAGCGGGUCACAGUAAACGCGUGCGUGCGUGCAUUCGUGAUGAACUCAGGACUGAAACGCCUCUCUUUUUUUGUUUCCACUCCACAACCGAGCCGUGCCAGGGCCGUGCCGAACCAUGUUGGCGCCCUGCUCAGAAUCGGAAUAUUGACUUUUUUUUGUACUGGAAGAAUCCGAUGCGCUAUAAAGCUCUUUUUCACAGAUGUGUAGUAGUGGCGGGUGAUAACGUUCCAACUCCAAACAAAACAAAAAAAAAUACGAUAGGAGGGGGGGCAAAGUACAGGAAAUACAAAUGACCCAAAAACAUACAAUUAAAACUAAACCAUCCCCAACCUACCAUGCAAAGCCAAACUAAUGCGCUGUCGUUUUUUCCCCACUACGGGAACCCGAGACUCGAGGUCUCGGCGCCGCCGCCGACGAACGAACGAGUCCAGACACGCGGUCGGCGCACGUGACGAUCAUGGCGGCGAGAUGUUAACUCCUGCGCCUGGUAUGGAGGAGAUUGUGGGUUCGAUCCCGACCCUUAACGCCUGCUGCUGUAUAUUUGGAUUUUGCGUGUCUCUCUCUCUCCAUGGUCACGUGAAUUUUUAUCCGGGUCCUCUGGUUUUUUCCCCUCCACAUUUAGAAUCAACAUGCGUUUAGAGCAUUUUUGGCUGCUAUAACUUUCCACGUGAUGAGCGACUUCGUUGAUUUAUGAUUUGUGGCCAGGUCGAUAAAAAAAAUGAUAUUUCGCUCAGUGAGCCUUACCUGGUAAAAAAAAUCAUCCAACCCACAGUCGGAUGAUUAGCCCUGCACCUGGCCCUGCUUGGCCCCGACCCACAGUCGGAUGAUUAGCCCUGCACCUGGCCCUGCUUGGCCCCGUACCCACAGUCGGAUGAUUUCUGAGACCCGUGUAGCACGGUUCCGGUUUGACACGGCAAAUAGCCGGUGGGAAACGACCCGUCCCGAGAAGGGGUCCGCGCUAGCUCGGCUCAGAUGUGGCAGUGGAAAAAGGGGGUGAAAGUGGCGUGAGCUCGUGGAGUCUCAGAAAAAAAGUGGACGUCCUCAUCGCGAGUUUGACCGCGUCUUGUACACAGCAUCUUGUGAAGCUUUUGAUGUAUUUAGAUGCUAAUUGAAUGUGUUAUUAUUUUGUUUCGUUUGUUAUUAUUAUUUGCUGUUUUCUCACUGUGUGCCAUAACGACACCGCCGCGCCUCUCCACCGACCUGGGGAAAUCGAGAAUCGGAUUUUUUUUUAUGAAAGCAGAGGCGGCGAGAUGACAAUGAUGAUUACGAUGGAGGUUGGGGUUAGGGGUAGAGGUUUAGUGUCAGAUGGCCAGUUAGGGCAUAUACGUUCGUGUGGUUGGGGUUGGGCUCUGGUUGGCUUGUGUAGUUGGGGUUCUGGUCUAGACCAUUAGUGCCAUUGGGGUUUAGGUUCGGGUCUGGUUGGCUAGCGUGGUUGGGUUCAGGGUUAGGGUCUGGUUCACGAGUGUCAAUAUAAUUGGGGCUGAGCUUGGCUAGUCUGGUGAUGGUUAGGGCUACGGCUGCGGUCUGAUUAGCCAGUGUCAAUCGAGUGAGGGCUACAGUUGGGGUCCAGUUGGUGAGUGUGGUUAGGGCUUUGGCUCUGAUUGGUCAGUGUGGUUAGGACUAUGGCUGGGGACUGGUUGGUCAGUGUGGUUAGGACUAUGGCUGGAGUCUGAUUGGUCAGUGUGGUUAGGACUAUGGCUCUGAUUGGUCAGUGUGGUUAGGACUAUGGCUGGCUCUGAUUGGUCAGUAUGGUUAGGACUAUGGCUCUGGUUGGUCAGUGUGGUUAGGACUAUGGCUGGGGACUGGUCAGUAUGGUUAGGACUACGGCUCUGAUUGGUCAGUGUGGUUAGGACUAUGGCUCUGGUUGGUCAGUGAGGUUAGGACUAUGGCUCUGAUUGGUCAGUGUGGUUAGGACUAUGGCUCUGAUUGGUCAGUGUGGUUAGGACUAUGGCUCUGAUUGGUCAGUGUGGUUAGGACUAUGACUCUGAUUGGUCAGUGUGGUUAGGACUAUGACUCUGAUUGGUCAGUGUGGUUAGGGACUACGGCUGGGCUCUGGUUGAUGCCUGGGCUCGUGUCUGGAUCUCGAGCACCGCGUGCGGGCCCCCAAUCAAAUCGUUCCUCUCCGAGCACCAACCUCAGCGCUGUUCUCUUCCAGUGUUGCCGCGUCCAAUUUGGUCGGAGACCUCUCGCGACAAAGUUCGACUCGGGUUUCGGUUUGUUUUGACGAAGUCACCAAAAAAGCGCCGUCGUCUGCCAGCGAGACAGAUGUUAAAGACCUCGUGACGUCACGAGGCAGUGUUGUCUUCUCAGCCAUCGUGUGCCAUUUAAAGCGAGCUUCGGUCUGGCGUUGUUGGUGGGACCGCCGGUGGGUUCCCGGUCUGGCUGUGCAUCGGUAAGUGGCGCUGUGAGGCCAACAUUGAAGAGGGAGUCCGAAAGUGGAACGGGGUGGGGGUCUCUGGGCACGGGCAGGAGGAGGUGGCCGUGGUGCGAAGGGGGCGAGCCAAUCGGAUCCAUCGCCCGAACUGGACCCCCUAGCCUCGUUCGCCAUGGGGAGCACAGCCCGAACUCGAGACGAACUUUACAACAUAGCGACCAUGACCCGAGCCGCACUUGUCAAGCAGACUCGAUCCCUAUAACCCCAGCAACAUUGGUCAAUCAGACCUGAACCCUAACCACACUAUCCAACAUAACCCCAGCACUAAGUCGAGCAACAUUGGUCAAUCAGACCUGAACCCUAACCACACUAUCCAGCAUAACCCCAUCCCUAAGUCUAGCAACAUUGGUCAAUCAGACCUAAAUCCUAACCACACUAUCCAACAUAACCCCAUCCCUAAGUCUAGCAACAUUGGUCAAUCAGACCUGAACCCUAACCACACUAUCCAACAUAACCCCAGCCCUAAGUCUAGCAACAUUGGUCAAUCAGACCUAAAUCCUAACCACACUAUCCAACAUAACCUCAGCCCUCGAUCUACCCCUUAACCGCAACGAGCUAACCAGACACUAUCCCUACCCAAAUCCUAAUGCCACAAUUUGUCUCUGAACGCGACCGCCACCAUCGCCAAGUGUAUCAACUCCACGCCUCCCUUUCACUCUUGAUUGCUUCUCACUUUGGCAGUCAUAGCUCCAGCUCACAAUGUGUUAAAGGGCAGCGGUCUCCGCAUAGCACUGCUGCUGCUGCUGAUUAUGCUGCAGCUGCUGAUGAUGAUGAUACUGCCUUCGCGAAUGCUGCUGCGGCAAAACCCACCGAGCAAAUGAACACGAGCGGUGAUGUGAGCCGCCAUUCCUUGCUUGCCUCUUGAAUUAAAUGUUUGUAAUGUACAAAAAGAGACGAUGAUUAUUUUACCCGUGUAGCCUAACAUCCUUUUCGGGGACGAGUGCUGUUUGCCGAGCCCGUAUUCGAGUGCCGGAGUGUCACACGCGAGAGGGCGGUGUGUGAUCAGCACCACGCGCGGCCAGAGGUCGCAACCGGGUACCCGAUACCCGUACCCUACCCGAUACCCGGUUACCCGUUCCCGGCCGGGUACGGGUACCCAUUUGCGACCUUGGUUGCGGCCGGGUACGGAAUCAAAACCCGUUUGCGACCUCUGCGCGCGACCCAUCCGCCGAUGGGCGCACGCGGCACCGAGUAGUCGGUUAAAUGCCGAGUAAACCUAGGGGAGGUCCUGGACAGGUGCCGAUAUCACUCGCCACCGAUGCCAGCCGUGGCCUGGAAUAUAAUUCAGUCCGCGGGAUUCGUGACGGAUUUGCGAAAACGAUAGACGGCGGCGGCGGCGGCUCGCGAACACCACUUUGCCCUAACAACCUGCGUAGGCUACACGGGGGAUAUUUGUCUUUGUAUGUAAUAUACACGCGCGCACGCACACACGUGCACAUUAAUAAAUAAAUAAAGACUCGGGACUGGAGUGGAUUAGUC